UUUGAAAAGAAAAAAAACUUUGACCAAAGCAAGAGUUUUUUUUAUCAUGGAGUGCUUUGAUCUUGAAGACCCUUUCACUAGCUUGAAACACCACCACCAAUCUGAUACAAUCUCAGCUGUUUUCUCUUCAGAAUCUGAUCACAUGCCUUACUUCAACUACUUACAGUGUUUGAAAACCAGUGAUUUCCAUGCUUCUUUCAGACAGGAAGCCGUUUCUCUUAUUCUCCAGGCUCGGUAUUCUUGCAACCUUGACCCUUACACUCCAUAUUUAGCUGUUACUUACAUGGAUCGGUUCGUUUCGAGACAAGAUAUCCCUCAAAGUAAUCCAUGGGUUUUGAGGCUAAUUGCGAUUGCUUGCGUUUCUUUGGCUGCAAAGAUGAAAGACAUUCAUUUUUGUUACUCUAAUUUCCAGAGGGAAGAAGGGUUCGCCUUCGAUGCCUCAGUGAUACAACGAAUGGAGCUUUUGAUUCUCGAUGCGUUGGAUUGGCGAAUGAGAUCGAUAACGCCCUUCUCAUUUAUCGGUUUCUUUGUAUCUUCGUUCGAACUGAAAGAUCCACCAUUGACACAAGCAUUGAAAGGCAGAGCUGUAGAUAUAAUCCUCCAAGCUCAUAAUGAAAUCAAAAUGUUGGAGUUCAAACCAUCAACCAUUGCAGCAUCAGCUCUUCUUGUGGCAACUCACGAGCUAUUCCCAUUGCAGUUUCCAUCGUUUGAAACAUCGGUUUUGUCCUGUGAAUAUUUGAAUAAAGAGAAUGUGUUAAAAUGCUUUAAUGCGAUGCUAGAGUGCGAAUGGAUUGUCCAUACGGUGUCGAGCUCGAGUACGAGAACCCCUGUAAGUGUUUUGGACCGCUACUGCACCAAAUCGGAAACCGGGAGUACCACAAGCACCAUGGCUGCUGCCAUUGCAACAGUGCCUGAAAAGAAAGACAGCAAGCGUGGUGGUAAAUUGAUUGGUUUUUGCAGUGAAAGUAAAAGGGUGAAGAUUUCCCAGAUUCAACCAUGUGGAUAAA